CUAUUGCUCUGGCUCAGCUCUCUGUAGGACCCAACGAGCACAACAGUUUGGUCCGCUUGCCUAUCUUGAAUAUAUAGUCUUUGGUUAUAGCUCGUCAACACACGAUAACGGUCCAUAAGCCGGGUACAGCACAGCACAGCACAGCACACUAAAUUCACGAAUUGUGCCACGUCCGACUACGUAAUCUUCCUUUGUAUCAACAAUUACCCUUUGAGCCUGCUAGAAGGAGACAAUGGCAGGUUUACGUUCUUUCAGUAACUAUGCCGGGGCUUACAGACAUGGUAUUCGUACUCUCAUGGGAACAACAAGCCAGCACAUCCCAACAUGGACAGGGAUAACUCAGGUUCGACUCAUGAGUGUCUUGAGCCCACAGUUUGAAGAGGCUAAAGCUAAGCUUGGAUCACUGAAGGAAGAUCCUGGUAAUGAUGUUAAAUUGAAGAUCUAUGCAUUAUUCAAGCAGUCAACAUCUGGAGCAGUAACAACUAAGCGUCCAGGGAUGAUGGACUUUGUGGUUGGUGCAAAGUGGGAUGCUUGGAAUACACUUGGCAAGAUGAGCCAAGAAGAUGCUCAAAAUGCCUACAUUGAGCUAGUUCAUUCUCUUGUGGGAGAAGAGGAAAGCAAAGGAGAAGCUCAAGCAGCAUCUGGUCAAAAAUAUAAAACCAUCCUGGUGUCCUGUGAGAAUGGCCUUCGUAUCAUAACACUCAAUCGUCCAGAGAAGAAAAAUGCCAUCACUGUUGAAAUGUAUAAUGAGUGGAUUGAAGCUCUGAAAGAGGCAGGAGAAGAUCCCAAUACAGUUAUUACUGCCAUCACAGGAUCUGGAGAUUACUAUUGCUCAGGAAAUGACCUUUCCAAUUUCACCAAUAUUGAUCCAAGUAAUAUGCACCAAUAUUCCCAGGAAUCGGGAAAGCUUUUGAACAGAUUUGUGAAUGCUUUCAUUGAUUUUCCAAAACCACUGAUAGCAGUUGUCAAUGGUCCUGCUAUUGGAGUGUCAGUCACGGUUAUGGGGAUGUUUGAUGCGGUUUAUGCUUCAGACAAGGUUAGUUCCUUCAUUCUAUGCUUGAUUAUUUUCUAGCUGUAAUAUAUGAUA